AUGGCCGACAACGGGACCAAUGCAGCUCAGCUGCCUCUUCCUCCUCAGUCCAACCAGGGCGCACCUGGCUAUGAAAAUGGCCAGAAGCCUCCUCCUCCCCUGCACAUCCCGCAGAACAACAACCCCAUCCCGACAGCCAUCACCUCGCCUCUGUCUGGCGUUGACCAGGCUCUUUCGCCGGGCAGCGCUGGAGGCUUUGGCCGCCGUGCUGCUCCGGAGCCCAACAAGCGUGCCCUCUACAUCGGGGGCCUCGACCAGCGCGUAACGGAAGAUGUCCUGCGGCAGAUAUUCGAGACGACUGGCCAUGUCCAGAACGUCAAGAUCAUCCCCGACAAGAACCAAAAGGGUUACAACUACGGAUUCGUCGAGUACGACGAUCCUGGUGCGGCCGAGCGCGCUAUGCAGACCUUGAACGGACGUCGUGUUCACCAAUCUGAAAUCCGCGUUAACUGGGCCUAUCAGUCCAACACAACGAGCAAGGAGGACACCUCGAACCACUUCCACAUCUUCGUGGGCGACUUGUCGAACGAGGUAAAUGACGAGAUCCUUUCUCAAGCCUUUGCUGCCUUCGGAUCCGUCUCUGAGGCUCGUGUCAUGUGGGAUAUGAAAACUGGCCGAUCCCGGGGUUACGGAUUUGUCGCCUUCCGGGACCGACCUGAUGCGGAGAAGGCUCUGAGCUCCAUGGAUGGCGAAUGGCUGGGUUCCCGCGCUAUCCGCUGCAACUGGGCGAACCAGAAGGGCCAGCCCUCGAUUGCCCAGCAGCAGGCCAUGCAGGCCAUGGGCAUGACCCCGACGACCCCCUUCGGCCACCACCAGUUCCCCGCGCAUGGGAUGGCCUCCUACGAGGUCAUUCUGGCUCAGACCCCGAACUGGCAGACGACCGUCUACGUUGGCAACCUCACUCCUUACACUACCCCUAACGACGUUGUACCGCUCUUCCAAAACUUCGGCUUCGUCGUGGAGUCUCGUUUCCAGGCAGACCGUGGAUUUGCCUUCAUCAAGAUGGAGAGCCACGAGGCUGCCGCUAUGGCCAUUUGCCAGAUGAACGGCUACAACGUCAAUGGCCGGCCCCUGAAAUGUAGCUGGGGCAAGGAUAAGACACCCAACGCUGCGGGUGGCUUCGACCCUGCUCAGCAGGGCUACAGCCCGCAGAGCGCCACUGCUCCUGGUGCCUACCCCGGAACGCCCACGGCGUACUUCCCGCAAUACGGUGCGCAAUACAGCGGCCAGCCUGGUAACUACGGAGGACCGGCUGCUCAGUCACCGGCCGGCUACGGAGCUCAACCCAUGGCAUACGGUGGACCCCAGAGUGCAGGUGGCUACGGCCGUGGGCAGCAGCCCCCCAGCGGCCAGUGGCAGCAAGGACCUCAGGGUCAGGCUUUCAACAACGGCUACGGCGGUUACCAAGGUUAA